AAGGAGCCCCACAAUUUCUGACUUAUAGGCCUGAGCAACACGUUAAGGCACCAUCCCUCCCUCCCCCCCGGAGGUUCCCGUCUGAUGGAGCAGUGGUUGUCAGUCUUUGUGAAGAGGCACCAUGUUUCCCUGUCAUGUAACCCCCUGGCCCUCUGCUGAGCCGCCGGCCUCCUGCAGUAGCCAUGCACCCCCAGCGCAGCCCUCACAACCCCUUCCUGAUCUACUGUGCAGCUGUCCAGCUCCACCUUUGAACACCCACUCUGAGACGCCCUCCCCAGACCCCAUGGAGUCCCUCAUUGUGGUCACGGAGUACGAACCCAGCAGGCCACCCGGGGAGGCUGGGGAGGAAGAGGUAGAAGAAAUGGACAGCUCAGACACACCCGAGCCAUCGUCCUUUGUGGCGGCAUCCUUCCGUCCUCCAUCCUGCGACCUACUGUCUCACACAGUUAGCCGGCAAGAGGCUCUGCUACCUGAAAGGGGGAGAUUAAGUCUGUCGGACAGGAAACUGUCUCUGCAGGAACGCUCUCAAACCGCAACCUCACCCUGCAGCUCCCCAGGACUCAACGGGCGUUAUAUUUAUCCGUCAUUACCCUACUCCCCCAUCACGUCACCACACUCCUCUCCACGCUUGCCCCGCCGGCCGACUGUGGAGUCCCACAGUGUGUCCAUCACCGACCUCCAGGACUGUGUUCAACUCAACCAGUACAAGCUGAAAGAUGAGAUUGGAAAGGGCUCCUAUGGUGUUGUGAAGCUGGCUUACAAUGAAGAUGACAACACAUACUAUGCGAUGAAGGUGUUGUCCAAGAAGAGGCUCAUGAGGCAAGCAGGUUUCCCACGGAGACCUCCCCCUCGUGGAGCCAGAGCCGCCCCAGAAGGACCCCCUCAGCCCAAAGGACCUCUGGAGCGGGUCUAUCAAGAGAUUGCCAUUCUGAAAAAGCUAGACCAUCCUAAUGUAGUGAAACUAGUAGAGGUUUUGGAUGAUCCCAGCGAGGACCAUCUGUACAUGGUGUUUGAGCUGGUCAAGCAAGGGGCUGUGAUGGAGGUGCCGACAGAUAAACCUUUCAGCGAGGACCAGGCUCGCUUUUUCUUCCAGGAUCUGCUCAGGGGAAUCGAGUAUUUACACUACCAGAGGAUCAUCCACAGAGACGUCAAACCGUCUAAUCUGUUGGUGGGAGAAGACGGACACAUCAAGAUAGCAGACUUUGGAGUCAGUAACCAGUUUGAGGGGGCUGAUGCUCUCCUGACUAGCACGGUGGGAACACCUGCUUUCCUUGCCCCCGAAGCACUGUGUGAGACCAGAAAGAACUUCUCUGGAAAGGCUUUGGAUGUAUGGGCCAUGGGAGUGACACUUUACUGCUUUGUUUUCGGAGUGUGUCCAUUUAUGGAUGAGCGCAUCCUUGCUCUUCAUCAGAAAAUCAAGACACAACCAGUGGAGUUACCUGAACAUGCUGACAUAUCAGAUGAUCUCAAAGAUUUGUUGCUGAAAAUGCUGGACAAGAAUCCAGAGACAAGAAUAUCAAUCCCACAGAUUAAGGUGCACCCAUGGGUGACAAGACAUGGUGCUGAGCCCCUCCCUCCAGAAGAUGACAACUGUUGUAUGCUGAUUGAGGUGACGGAGGAGGAAGUAGAGAACUCUGUUAAACACAUCCCGAGCCUGGCGACAGUGAUCCUGGUGAGAACCAUGCUGAGGAAGCGCUCUUUUGGAAACCCCUUCGAUUGGAGCCGUAAAGACGACCGCAGCAGUUUGUGCACUCCAGGACAAACACUCACGGAAGGCAGAGCAGGCAGUGUGAGACACUGCUACAUUCAUUGUAACUACAGAAGGAAACAGCAGAGUGGUGAUGGCAUGAGGAAUAUGGACCUGCCCUACGUGGGAGAGGAUGAGGCUCUUUCCUGAUGCAAAGGGUUUAUUAUGCACGCUGGUAUCUGCCUGCCUGCAACCACACAGCACGACACCCCUUUACUCACAGUUUUCUACUGUCAGCCUACACCUAUGUACAUUUCCUGGGAGGUGGAGAAGUUUGGCAUACACAGGCGAAAUAAAAGGGAGAAAUUAAAGACCUAAUGCACUUUGACAACCAUUUUAAAGCUUUUACUGCAUUCUCUCUUCUUACAAGCCCCAGCUUGGGGUUG